AUGCGCGACACCGAGUAUGUCUUGCAGUGCUACAUCAACCGGGAGUCGGACAUGACGGACACGAUUCCAGCCGAGACCUUGAAAAUCAUGACCGAAGCGUACAAGCUGGGACCGACAUGUUCGGAAAUGAUGGCGGCCACGUUCGCCUUCAUGUCACUUGAUCUCUUUACGCAGGACCGCAGCGAGCCGGCAAGACUUGCCAAGGACGUGACCGCAUUCCUCAAGUUCGCGAGCACGCACUUGCUGCUCACGCGCAAGGACCAGCCUGCCAAGGCUGUUGCUUUGCUGGAGAAGAUGCAGAAGGAUCUCAAGUUGGCGUCUCACGCGUUGCCGGCGAAUUCGGGCAAGCGCCCGUCCGCGGGUGGCAAGCCCGGCAAGAAGUGA